UGACUGAACUGUGUGCAUACCAUGUUUCUUCAAUACAGAGAACAAAUGGAGCCAUGGUGAAACAAAGAGAAGAAAUAAACAUUGGCAUCCUUGACAUUUAUGGAUUUGAAAUCUUUCAAAAGAAUGGUUUUGAACAGUUUUGCAUCAACUAUGUCAAUGAAAAACUGCAGCAGAUUUUCAUAGAGUUGACUCUCAAGGCAGAGCAGGAGGAAUACAUCCAGGAAGGCAUAAAAUGGAAUUCCAUUGACUACUUCAACAACAAGAUAGUGUGUGAUCUCAUUGAGUCAAAGAGUCCCCCUGGUAUUAUGUGUGUACUGGAUGAUGUCUGUGCUACAUUGCAUGCUGUCAGUGAGGGAGCAGAUAUGAAGCUAUUACAGAAACUUCAAGCAGCAGUAGGAACACAUCAGCAUUACCAAGGCUCCAAUAUAGGAUUUGUCAUACACCACUAUGCUGGCAAGGUUUCCUAUGAUGCAGAAGGUUUCUGUGAGCGUAACAGAGAUGUCCUCUUCCCAGAUUUGAUACAGCUGAUGCAAAGCAGUGAAAAUGAAUUCAUUGCCAGUCUUUUCCCAGAGGAUGUUAGCUCUACCACACGUGGCCGUCCUACUACUGCAGGCAGUAAAAUCAGGACUCAGGCCAACCGUCUUGUAGAUACUUUGAUGAAGUGCACCCCACAUUAUAUAAGGUGUAUCAAACCAAAUGAAACCAAGAGAGCACAUGACUGGGAAGACAGCAGUGAACACACACAUAUACAUAAAGAUAUGAGCUUGGAGACUUUGUCAUAUACUAUUUUUGUUGUUUUCAUAAAGUUGUUCUUGCUGGAGGAAGUUAGGGAAAGAAAAUAUGAUGGCUAUGCUAGAACUAUCCAGAAGGCAUUCAGAAAAUACAAUGCCAGGAAAUUCUAUGUCAAACUCCGAGAACAGGCCUCAGAUCUGUUGCUUAAUAAAAAAGAGAGGAGACAAUACAGUCUCAAUCGCAACUUUGUGGGGGAUUACAUAGGGCUGGAUGACAACCCGGCCCUCAGAGCUCUGGUUGGCAAGAGAGAAAGGAUAGAGUUUGCCAAUACUGUGACCAAAUAUGAUAGGAGGUUCAAGACAGCCAAAAGAGAUUUGAUAGUAACAUCAAAAGGAGUUUACCUAGUAGGCAGAGAAAUGGUCAAGAAAGGGCCAGAGAAGGGCCAGCUGAAAGAGGUGGUCAAGCGGCCAUUGGAAAUGGAAAUGAUAACUGGAGUGGCACUGAGCACAAUGCAAGAUGACUUCUUUAUCAUCCAUGUUCAGAAUGAUUACAGCAGUUUACUAGAAUCAGUCUUUAAAACAGAGUUUCUGACUGCUUUGUCUAAAAAAUACAAGGAGAGGACACACAAAGAGUUGAAAGUAGAGUUUAGUGAUACGUUAGAAUUUCCUGUCAAAAAGGAAGGCUGGGGUGGUGGUGGAAAAAGGACUGUGAAGUUUGUGAAAGGAAAUGGCAAUGCUGCGCUGCUCAAACCCUCAGGGAAAGUUCUCACAGUAUCAAUUGGACAGGGACUUCCAAAGAACUCCA